AUGCGCAAAUCCUUCGGAGGGCCGAAACUGCCUGCAGAAUUGAGGAACCAGCUUGGGGAUCCAGCAAACAACAAGCGACGGAAUGGUUCGCGCAACGGACCGCCGAAUCGCAAAGACAAGCGCAAGGCCGACCGUGUAGAGAAGAAGCGUCAGAACAAGCAGGUCAGGAAGCCAGCGCCGACUCACCCACAUAAUGGCAGAGGACCGCGCCAAGGACCAGAGUCGGACGAGGAGGAGGAAGAGGAGAUAGACUGGGACAAUAUCGAAUCAGACGCCACACCACCACCGAUAGAGAAGAAGGAACCUCAAAAGCCUCUGAAGGGCAUUCUCAAAGCGAAGCCACAACAGAAAGAGGAGGCCUCGCCACCACCGGCAAAACUAUCGCGCGCAGCACGAGACAAACUCGCCCAGGAUGACGCUGAAAUCGCUGCACUCGAGAAGAGAUUGGGCGUAAAGGGAAAGAAAAAAUCAAAAGGGGCUGACGAUGGUUUGGAUGAUAUCUUCGGCGACCUUGGAGACUUUAGCGACGAAGAAGCUGUACAGCCUGCAAAACGGAAACGGAAAGAGGACGACGAUUGGCUCGCAAGCAAGAGACGGAAAGCUCUGGGCCAAGAAUCCAGCGAGGAAGAAGACAGUGCGAUGGAGGAUGGGGAUUCCGAUUCCGAUCUGGAUUUAGAAGACACUGGCUUUGACGAUGAGGAUGAAGACGAGACAGACGACGAGGAUGGUGACCUAGGGUCCGAGGACGAGACCAUGGAGGACGAGGAACCGGAACGACCACGAGUACGAGAGAACCCGUAUGUUGCACCUAUAGCGCCCGAUGCUCAGCCGACCAAGUAUAUACCACCCGCACUGAGGGCACCACCUUCGUCAGACACAGAAGCCUUGAUGCGUCUCAAAAGGCAGAUACAAGGUCUCUUCAACAGACUCUCAGAAGCCAACAUACUCUCUAUCCUCAAGGAAAUUGAGGCCAUAUAUCAGAACAAUCCCCGCGGGUACGUCAACAACACGCUUGUUGACUUGCUCAUUGGCAUGUUAUCAGACCCGACCGCUCUCCUAGAUACCUUCUUGAACUUGCAUGCCGGUUUCAUCGCUGCAAUAUACAAGGUUAUUGGACCUGACUUCGGGGCUCAAAUUGUAGAACGUAUUGUCGCGGAAUUCGACCAGCACUAUCAACCUAACAAGGACGGUCACGGGAAGCAGACGUCGAACUUGACAUCGGUAGUAGCGGAGCUAUAUACAUACCAGGUCAUUGGUAGUAACAUCGUCUUCGACUAUAUCCGGGUUUUCCUCGACGAACUCACGGAGAUCAACACCGAGCUAUUGCUGAGGAUAGUCAAAGCAGCAGGCCCGCAAUUACGACAGGAUGAUCCUACUUCACUAAAAGAUAUUGUCGUUCUACUACAGAAAUCCGUAGCGAAGGUUGGCCAAAGUAAUUUGCCAGUCAGGACAAAGUUUAUGAUCGAGACGAUCAACGACUUGAAGAACAACAAGAUGAAGACUGGCAUAGCUUCUUCUGCACUUUCUAGAGAGCAUACAACACGUAUGAAGAAGCAGUUAGGCACACUAAAUUCACGUAAUCUCAAGGCGACCGAACCACUACGCGUUGGUCUCAAGGAUAUCAAAGACACAGAAAAGAGAGGAAAGUGGUGGCUAGUAGGAGCAAGUUGGCGAAACGAGCCAGGCAAUGAGGAGCCUGAGGAGGAGAAACAAGCCGCUCGAACCACAGCGCAAAUCGACAACGAGGACGACGACAGCGAAGUUGACCUUGUGCAGCUUGCCCGUGAGCAUCGUAUGAACACAGACAUCCGACGCGCCAUCUUCAUUUCCAUCAUGUCCGCCAGCGACUUCAAAGACGCACAAAUACGGUUGAACAAGCUUAACCUCAAGAAGGCCCAAGAGGCAGAGAUACCGCGUGUUAUCGUACAUUGUGCGGGAGCUGAGAAGACCUACAAUCCGUAUUAUACCGUACUCGCCCGCAAGAUCUGCUCUGACCACAAGACACGGAAAAGCUUUCAAUUCGCGCUCUGGGACAUCUUCAAGGGUCUUGGGGAGAAACAAGAUGGUGCAGAUGAAUCCGACGAUGAAGAAGACGAAGCAAGCAGCGAUACGUCUCUGCGGAAGCUCGUAAACCAAGGCACGCUUUACGGCACGCUGAUCGGUCGAAAAGCCAUGCCCAUUACCAGUCUGAAGAAUCUCAACUUCCCAUACUUACAGCCCAAGACAAAAACUUUUGUCGAAGUCUUGCUCGUUACUACCAUCUUGGAAGCGCUGAAGACUUCAAAGAGUAAGGAUAAGCGAGACGAGCGGGUGGUACGCGAAGUCUUUGUAGAGGUUGAUCAAGCUCCGGAGAUGAUUGCCGGGUUACAGUUCUUCUUGAAGAAGACGGUGAGUAAGACGGAGAUUGUGGACAAGUCCGAAAAAGAGACUGUCCGGUGGGCUUGCAAAUCGAUUAUGGAUAUGCUCACGAGGAUUCUGGCCACGACCACGAUGCAGGAAGACUGA